AAGAAAUUUUCCAUCUUCUCUCUUUCUUUCAAAAUCUUUUCUCCUCUUUCUGCAAAGUUUUUGGCUGGAAGACUUGUUGCCAUCAAGUCUGUUGUUAGAUGAUGAGAUUAAGCGAGGGUUUCUGAUGAUGCUGAUGUUCAUGGGUUUCAAAGUGGAAGAUGGAUUUGAUGGUUGAUUAUGGUGAUAUUGAAGAUAAAUUGGAGAAAUUAGGGUUUUGAUUAAUUGAAUAGAAGAUGGGUUUCAAGUGGAAGAUGGAUUUGAUAUUGAAGAUGAAUUGGAGAAAUUAGGGUUACGAUUAAUUGAAUUAGAAGAUGGGUUUUCAGUGGAGGAUAGAUUUGAUGGUUGAAUCUGGGUAUACUGAUGAUGAAUUUGGUUCGGGUUUUGAUUAAUUGGACAGAAGAUGUGUUUGAUUAAUUGAAUAGAAAGAAUUUGUUAGCUGACGAAGAUGGUUGAUUUGAUUCUCACUACGCAACUAACACACUCCUCAUUCAAUUUCCUCAGAUCCCUUCAGAAUUCCCCCAAGUUUCUCAAUUUCUCAGCAAUUUAAACAUCCAAUUUGAAAAAUGGAUAGAGAAUCCCCAUCAUCGUCAUCAGACGAAGAAGAAGAUAAACAAACCCUAAUUCAUUCAAACGAAAGAACCACCAAAAACAUAAAUACAAGAUCGACAUUCGAAAUUGAGGAUCUUCAGAGCAAGGUUUUUCACACUGCCAGUAGUUUCCGAUUGAAUAAGAGGUAUUUGUUAGCGAUCUGUCUUAUUCCUGUUGUUUUAAUUCUUUAUUUUUCAAUUGAUGUUGGAAAUUUGUUUCGUAAUGUUAGUAGUCGUAGUAGUAGUAAUGGUGGUGAUUUGUCGAAUCGAAUGAGAGAAGCUGAAUUACGAGCUUUGUAUUUGUUAAGAGAACAACAAUUAGGGCUUUUACAUUUGUGGAAUCAUACUACAUUGAUUCAUAAUGAUGGUAAUGAUAAUAACACGGUUGCGGCGAUGGGUAGAAAUGAACUUGAGGAGUUUACAUCUGAGAUUUUAAAGCAAAUUAGAGUAAACAAAGAGAUUCAACAAGCGUUGUUAUCGUCGCAUCGAGUUGGGAGUAAUGUGUCGGAGGAGGUUUUUGAUGGGAAUGUGGCGGCUUCGGGUGUUGGUAGGUGUAGGAAAGUGGAUUAUGCAUCGGAGAGACGGUCAAUUGAGUGGAAACCGAAACCGAAUAAGUAUUUGUUUGCGAUAUGUGUGUCGGGACAAAUGUCGAAUCAUUUGAUUUGUUUAGAGAAACAUAUGUUUUUCGCUGCUUUGUUAGACAGGGUACUAGUGAUUCCGAGUUCCAAAGUGGAUUAUCUGUAUAGCCGGGUGUUGGAUAUUGAGCAUAUUAAUAAGUGUUUUGGGAAGAAGGUUGUGAUUUCGUUUGAAGAGUUUGCAGAAACGAAGAAGAAUCAUUUGCAUAUAGAUAGGUUUAUUUGUUAUGUUUCGUUGCCUCAGCCUUGUUAUGUGGAUGAUGAGCAUGUUAAGAAGUUGAAAGGUUUGGGGUUGUCUAUGGGGAAGCUUGAAACUGCUUGGGUUGAUGAGGAUAUUAAGAAACCAAGUAAAAAGGUUGUUGGAGAUAUUACAGCAAAGUUCUCUUCUAAUGAUGAUGUGCUGGCAGUAGGAGACGUUUUUUAUGCUGAUGUGGAAGAAAAGUGGGUAAUGCAGCCUGGUGGUCCGCUUGCUCACAACUGCAAGACAUUGAUUGAACCAAGUGAGCUUAUUAUGCUUACAGCUCAGCGCUUUAUCCAGACUUUCUUGGGAAAGAACUUCAUUGCACUUCAUUUUCGUCGACAUGGAUUCCUGAAGUUCUGCAACGCUAAAACUCCGAGCUGCUUCUUCCCCAUUCCUCAAGCAGCGGAUUGUAUAACACGAGUGGCCGAGAGAGCUGGUGCACCAGUCAUUUAUCUUUCAACAGAUGCAGCAGCAAGUGAAACUGAUCUUCUUCAGUCAUUAAUUGUGGUAAAUGGGAAGGCUGUUCCACUUGUCAAGCGACCAGCUCGAAAUAUUGCUGAGAAAUGGGAUGCUUUACUAUACAGGCAUGGCAUAGAAGGAGAUAAUCAGGUUGAAGCUAUGCUGGAUAAGACAAUUUGUGCUAUGGCUUCUGCCUUCGUUGGGGCACCAGGGUCGACAUUCACCGAGGACAUAUUAAGGCUUCGGAAAGACUGGGGUUCAGCAUCAGUUUGUGAUGAAUAUCUUUGCCAAGGCGAGCUACCAAAUUUCAUUGCAGACAACAAAUAAGUAGGAAGUAAAAUAGUUUGCGAAUGAGUUUCAUUGUCAGAAGAUUGGUCUUUGUAUUCUUUAUGUUCCUCAUUCAGAAGGAGAAGGGAAGUCGGAAGUUCUGAAGAGUCACGGCUGAUGGGUUUUUUUCCUGCAGAUGAUAGUGCAAUGGAUGUACCAUUUUUUUAGUGUAUAUUUAUGGAACUACGCAGUGGCAAACCGGAUGUUGUUAUUAGGAGUCUCGUAAUUGACUACCGGUAUGGUGUGUAAUUGAAUCGUUUAAGGCAUAGAAUAAGGUAAAAAGGGAAACUGAUACAAGGCCGCUUGCACACCAGUAACUGUUAGCUUA